UUGAUCAGUUGUGUGAGACAUCAUCCUGGCGUCUGUUCCUAGACUGCCAGAGAGAACACAGGAACCGGAAGCAGAAGUUGUCCCCGCCGUGGUGGACCAAACGGAGGAGGAAGAGGAGGACGUUGAGGGGCCAGGCCAGGGUGACGAGGAAGACGACGCACUGAUGGUUCCGCAGGUCAAAGUUGCAGAAGAUGGAACCCUCAUCCUGGACGAGGAGAGUUUGACUGUGGAGGUCCAGAGAGCCAAAGGACCCAACCCGGCAGAGGGCAGAGACCCCAUCUUUGAACGCGGCUCCACCACCACGUACUCCAGUUUCAGGGCCUCCACCUACUGCAAGCCUUGGUCCAGCGAAGAGACAGACAUGUUCUUCCUGGCUAUCAGCAUGGUGGGGACGGACUUCUCCAUGAUCUGCGGCCCCUGGACCCUGAUAUGA